AAAAUAUAACAAUGAAUUAGAGUUGCAUUCCACAACAACCUUAAAUUUUAAUGUAGGAAGGCAGGGGAGGAGAAAACACACACACACACACACAUACACAAAUAGUAAUAAAUAUGACAAUGAGAAGUCCUUAGUAUCAACUAUAUACCAUAGACUAAAAAUGCAGAAUUCUUAUUUAAGAAAGCAGUCAGGAUUUUGAGAAGUGGAAUAUUAUGAUUACAGCAGAUGAUUUAGAAGUUGCAUAGUAUAAUGGAGUGAGUGAAAUUCUGGUUCUGCCACUUCAUAGCUGUGAGACUGAACAAACAACUUCUCUGAUCUCAGAUUAGUUUCUUCGUGUGUAAAAAUACAGUUGAUACUAUUUAAUCAUAGUGUUAUUGGCAAUAAUGGUCACUCAAAAUAAAUGCCAAUUUCCUUCCUAUCGUAUAAAGUAUGUUUGAAGGCAGGGUGAGCGCGAGGGGCUGGAGGAGACGCUCCGCCAGCUGCAGGCGCGCUAUGAAGAGGAGGUGCUGAGCCGCGAGGACGCCGAGGGCCGGCUGAUGGAGGCGCGCAAAGGCGCAGACGAGGCGGCGCUGGCCCGCGCCGAGCUGGAGAAGCGCAUCGACAGCCUCAUGGACGAGAUCGCUUUUCUGAAAAAAGUGCACGAGGAGGAGAUCGCCGAGCUGCAGGCCCAGAUCCAGUACGCUCAGAUCUCGGUGGAGAUGGACGUGUCCACCAAGCCCGACCUCUCCGCUGCGCUCAAGGACAUCCGCGCGCAGUACGAGAAGCUGGCCGCCAAGAAUAUGCAGAACGCCGAGGAGUGGUUCAAGAGCCGCUUCACGGUGCUGACCGAGAGCGCCGCCAAGAACACCGAUGCCGUGCGCGCCGCCAAGGACGAGGUGUCCGAGAGCCGCCGCCUGCUCAAGGCCAAGACCCUGGAGAUCGAGGCUUGCCGGGGCAUGAACGAAGCGCUGGAGAAGCAGCUGCAGGAGCUGGAGGACAAGCAAAAUGCCGACAUCAGUGCUAUGCAGGACACAAUCAACAAAUUAGAAAAUGAAUUGAGAACCACGAAGAGUGAAAUGGCAAGAUACCUGAAAGAAUACCAAGACCUCCUCAAUGUGAAGAUGGCUUUGGACAUUGAGAUCGCAGCUUACAGGAAACUCCUGGAAGGCGAGGAGACCCGGCUCAGUUUCACCAGUGUGGGCAGCAUCACCAGCGGCUACUCCCAGAGCUCCCAGGUCUUUGGCCGAUCUGCCUAUGGUGGUUUACAGACCAGCUCCUACUUGAUGUCUGCCCGCUCCUUCCCAUCCUACUACACCAGCCACGUCCAGGAGGAGCAGAUCGAGGUGGAGGAGACCAUCGAGGCUGCUAAAGCGGAGGAAGCCAAGGAUGAACCCCCCUCUGAAGGAGAAGCUGAAGAGGAGGAGAAGGAAGAGGCCGGAGAGGAAGAGGGGGCCGAGGAGGAGGAAGAA